AUGCUUAUUAUUUUAACUAGCAUAAUACUCUUGUUAAGCUUAAUAACUAAAUAGAUAUCCUAAAUACUCUAGGAAUCAUCAGAAAUUAUAUUCGAUCUAUAUUCAAAAAGAUAGUAAGAUAUAGCUAAACAAACCCUAGAAAUAUUCUGGGUUACAUAUAUUCACUCUGGUAUUAAUUACUUAUAUUUUGAAGUAUCUUAGCCAUUAAUAUCUUUGCAUCGACUUUAUAAUUUUUAGCAGCGUUUAAAUAACUUAAAAGUGAAUUCAUAGGAAGAUAAUGAAAAUUGCUACAAUUAACCAUUAAUUGAGGUAUAUUAUACAAACCAUUUAGAUUGAUAAACCUUGCAUUUGUUAUCUUAAUAAAUCAUCUAUCGAUUCAAACCAAAAUGAUCCAAAGAAUAUGCUUAAGAAUUUGAUGUAAUUUCAAACAGCAUUGCCUACUCAUAUAUUUGGGGUUCAAUAGUAUAUGGGUUUUUUUGAAGAAUCAUAAGAAUAAAACCUUUUUAAUUAUCCAUGUUUAGAUUUCAGAGACUAUAAAUUAUAUGAUCCAAAAACAAGACCUUGGUUCAUAGAAGCUGAAAUAGCAUAUAAUUAAAGCAACUUUUAAUAAUACUCUGUUCGAUUAACUGGUCAUUAUCUAAGUAUGAAAUGAGCAUAUUUAAUAGCCAUCCCUUAUAAUGACUUUAGAUUCUCUAUUGCUUUACCAUUAAUCAAUUUCUAAAAAAACAUGAUGGGAACUUUGAGAGUUCAUAUUUAAUCAAAAAUUUUAAAAGAUACUAUUUACAAAAAUUCAAAUAAAACUAACCUAAUAUUAACUACAAAUGAUGGAAUGUUAUUAAUAAGUAGUUUAUUUAAUAAUUCUGGAUUUGAAUUGGGAACAGACUAUUUUUACAAUGAAACAAAAACUGGUUUUAAUCUUGAAGAUUGGUAAGCAAUAACCUAAAAAAAUUUGAGUAAUUGUGAACAUGUUGAUAUUGGAUUUACUUGCAGAUAAAAUAAAAUAGACAAAAAGGAUUAUUAUAUGUUACAUACUACUUUAGAAUAGUAUAAUUUAAAAAUUAUUCUGUAAAUAUAAUAUUAAUAAUUAGAUAUUAAACUAAAUAUGAAUAUUAAUAGUAUCUCUAAGAACACUAAAAGUAGAUGAUUAUUUAAAUAUAAGAAGGGUUAAUAAAAGGAUUAGUAUUUUUAAUAGUGAUAGCAAUAGUAAUCUCAUUAAUAUCUUCUCUUUUCUUAGGGAAAAUGCUUAAACCAUUAUAAUAAAUUGCUAAGAUUUUUUAGAUAACUAAACAUUUUUCUUCUUAAUCUAUUACUUAAAGAUUUUUAAAGUUUAAAAUUUCUAAUAAUUAUGCUGGAAUUUUUAAGAAACCUGGUUGUUUUAUAUCCAAAGAUAUCUUUUUAUUUUGUUAGUGUAUAGAAUAAUUUGUAAUUAACUUUUCUACAGUGAAAAAAAAAUCAAAUAGUAUUUAUGAAAGAUUUGAUUAAAUUAAAUAUCCUCAAAAAGAUGAAAAAGAUUAAAUUAAUUUCCUAGAUUACUUUCAAUAAUAACUUUUAAAUAACAAAUUCUAAGAAUUAGAUAUCAAUUAGAAAUAAAUAAGAAACUUGAUUAAAACUUGUUUAGUUAGUUCUACUAGAAAAGAAUAUUGA